CCGAGAACUUUUGCUUCAGGCGUUCGCGUACGUCAACAAGGUGAUACCACAAUUAUGACAGAACAUCGAGAUCCAUAUUCAUUCUACUGGCAGUUGGAUCAGGUAAAGCCCUGGAAUGCCUCACACCCUCAUUUCAUGUUUCUUUAUCUCAAUUCUUUUCAGCAGCGGCGACGUUCCGAAUCUCCAAAACGUCACCCACCUCCUACAGAUUAUGUGAUUGACGAAGAGGAAGUAGUGGAAACAGUACUUUCUCCUGAAUCUCAUGAUUCUGGAGUAGCAUUUGAAAAUCAGUAUAGCAAACCAUUGCGAGUGACUCCACCUGCACCUCCACCAGCUCCGCCACCUCCACCACCGGUGAUCGAAGAAGAACAUAGACCGCUGCCGCCUGGAUGGGAGAAGCAUCAAGGUUAG